AGGCUCUUCCCGCCAUAGGCUACACCAACAUUUUGUACCUGGAUUUUUUUUCCGACGUAGGCACCCACUUACACGCUUUUUUUGAAAGUAGACGAGACGACCGAACAAAGUUUUCUUUUUCAUACUGAUUUUCAUUUCUCUGACGACACCGGAAUUUCAAUAAAGCAUUCAACCAUAUUAGUUGGUCUACGGCAACCUCCUGUAAAUUUGGUGCUCUUAUUUUCUUAUACCUGCUACCAGCAUGGGCGCUUUUCGUUUGCUUCUGACGACCUUGGCGUCUGUCGACGAUGCGCAUGCUUUCAUCGAGGAUAUUCUUAACCAGGCCUUUGGGGGCGGCGGCGAGGGAUUCCACCAAUUUCACAUGGUAAAGCAAGUGCUUCACAACUACAUGUAGCACAAUUGUGAUUCUGGAUCAUACAUCAUUUUAUGCAUGUGUUUCAUCGCACGUCUGUACAACGUAAAGGGUAGUUCUUGUUGAACAACUGCAAUCUGAAUAAACACAAACACUCCAUCAAAUAAUACAGGGUGGCGGGCAGCAAAUUCACUUCGGAGGGCACCCCGGCAUGGGCCGACGGCAGCGACCCCAGGAGACGAAAUUUCCGGCGGGCAUCGAGGAGAAGAUAGCAAAGGAGUUUAACUGGAUGAAGGGGACGGAGUGGUACUGGAACCGGUGGGGGAACGUAAAAUUCAACAAAGACGGCUCCUUCGAGGCCCCGACGCAGUCCUGUAUGAUGCCCGGGCAGUGCCGGUGGGCGGCGUACGAGCACCAGGGCGCGCAGAAGAUUUUCAUCAUGUGGGGCGGCGACGGGCUGCACACCAUGCGGGUGCACGGCGACAUGCCGAAGACGCAGGACCCCGACGCGUUGAUGAGCAUUGAGUUGGUGGGGCACAGGGCACUAGACAACCGGGAGCCGUCGAGCAGGAAAGAAAGGGCGAGCGCGGUCUUCGAUAAGGUCUUCGACCAUUCCGCAUUCAAGGACUCGCAGGAUCUUUAUGAGGUACAGAAUCUACUGGUGUUGAUAGAUUUUUUAGAUUUCGUCCUUGCUGUUUGUGGUUCCGUAUCAGUAGAAGUGCACUUUUUGUGUGUUGCGAAUCAUCCCAUACAGCAAAUGCACUCCAAUGAUCUACUCAAAAACCACAGCUCCUCGGGCUUCACGAGAAGCACGAGCGGGGCGAGGAGAUUUCCCCGGCGGAGAUCAAAAAGGCGUACCGAAAGCUUUCCCUCGCGUACCACCCGGACAAGAACUCGGAUCCGAACAUCAUCGCCAUGUACCAAGAGAUGACCGCUGCGUACGAAGUGCUCUCCGACCCGGCCAAGCGCGCGCGUUACGACUGCUGCGGCAUGGAGGGAGUGAAGGAGCAGAUGCCGAGCGGCAAGGAUUUCCAGCUGACGAAACCGGUCACACUCGAGGAGCUCUACACCGGCGCCAAGCGCACGGACCACCACAGACGGCGAGUAAUCUGCCGGGUGUGCCGAAACGACCCAAACCACCCGAACUGCAUGAGCUGUAACCGCUGUCCGAACGAAGUCAAGAUGGUGCAGCAGCAAAUCGGACCCGGUAUGGUCAUCCAGCAGCAACAGGAAGUGCCCAGCAAGGACCGCUGCCAACAGGUACUGAUGUGUGCGUGAAGAUGUGUUUCUCAUGCGAACUGUAGUUGUGCAGCUCUUUGCUGUGUCAUUCGUGCCGGGUCUGCAAAAAAAUUUUCAUCCAUCAUCAUCGUCGCUUUUCACACUAUCAGGACGUCGCAUACUUGCAUACGGAGAUCGAGCGAGGUAUGCGCGACGGUGACCGAAUCACGUUUCCGCACAUGGCGGAGCAGAGUCCUGGGCAGCUUCCUGGCGACGUCAUUCUCAUUCUCCAGCAGCGACCACACAACAGAUUUGAGCGCAAGGGCAACAACCUCCACAUAUCAACCAAGAUCUCGCUCAAGGAGGCUAUGCUCGGCUUUAAGGUAAAUGAAGUAGGUUCAUUUGAUGGGAUUCGGUGCAAGCUGUUGAAAUAUUCGAAGCUACAGGCUGCGAAUUGAGUUCGCAAGUGAUGUUUUGCAAUUGCAGUGGAUCAUCCAUGUUGUCGUGUGGAGCUUUGAAACCCAAAUAACAAAACAGCGAAAAAUCUCCCAUCUGGACGGCCACACGGUGAAUUUCGAGACAUCCGACACCACCCAGCCAUUCCAGGUGUUCAAGAUCAAGGGGGAAGGUAUGCCGCACAAGGACGACCCAACACAGUUUGGAAACCUGUUCGUCAAGGUAGAGGUGGAGAUGCCAAAGCGCCUAACUUCCAACCAGAAACAAUUGGCCCAGCAGCUCUUCGCCAACGACAAGCCGACCCGGGAGGAGUUGUAGAUGUUGAAGUGUGGAAAAGUAGUGUUUUUGCUGCUACCUGCCGCUACAUACAUUUUAUUCCCCCUACUGGCACUCCCCAAAGAGCGUGUUUCCUCGGGAACCCCGGGAGGACCAUUUAUACACUUGACGCGUCACGCACCCGACAGACAUGUGAAGAAGUGACACACAGAAGAACAUCGACGUCGAUACUUCUUCCGCUAGUUCACAACUGAAAAAACCUGAGGUCCGAAUCUCGGCUGCGGUGGCUUGCUAUUUUGAUUCGUGUUCUCGCAAAGAUUGGAAUUUGUGCCCGUUCUCAAUCUUUCGCGCAAUCUUGGCAUUUGGCCUUCUCAAGAACAGGCGCACAACCGCGAGCCGUCUCCAUCUUGGAG